AUGUGUUGUAGACAGGGAAAGGUUCAAUUGGAAGCCCUGCAAAAUCCUCCCCAGCCACUACGAUCUCUACUUACUGAUUCAGACCAAGAAAGUCAGCAUUUCAGAAAUAGCAUUAGAGCCUACAAUAACAGCUUUGCCUUUACAUCACUUGGUGCACAGCAAGAUGAGGGCUACAGUGGAUUCAACAGUGGCACUUACACAUUUCGAGUUCAAGGCUCAACAUACCAUAGAAUUGAUCCUAUCUCUCCUAUGCCAGGAUUUGCCCCACAGUAUGCUCAAAUAUAUUUUACGGACCCUCAAUACCAAGCUGGCAUGCGCAGAGGUAUAUUUUCGCAGCUUCAUGAACCUCUGCUUGAGCGUCUACAAGAAAUGAUGAUGAGAGAAUGUCCCUUUGCGCAGACUUUUGAGAUGGCAAGACAACGUUUCGCUCAUAAUGAAGACAGUUUUCACAUCAUGAUCAAUGGCCGGGCAACAGCGACAUUAGGAAGAACUUAUUCUGCCCCUACUAUAGAUGAAGUGGCGGCCAUUGUUAUAGAUCCAGUCUCCACAGACGAUCCAAAUUAUGUCCCUCAUCUAAGGAGAGAUGUGGCAACAUUUCGUAGAAAUGGCACUAUGGAGCAUAUUAUGAGUGAAUGCCAUAGAUCCUAUGAUUCAAUGCAUUAUGUUUUGAUGUUUCCGAGAGGUGAGAACGGAUGGCAUGUCAAUAUGCCACUCAGCAUUACUACGAAUGCCUCCUUCGAAGAUGAUGAUGAAGGUGAUGCAGUUAAUAGCGAAACUGAUGACGAUAAUACUGCCAAUGCAGUUGAAACUGAAAUCGAUGGCGAUGAUGUCGAACAAGAAGUUACAAGGCCUAUUACCACCAUUAGAAGAGCCCAGCAAAACAUUAGCGUAAUGCAAUUUUAUGCUCAUCGAUUGCAAGUAAGACCCAACGCAGGAAUGCUGCAUUAUUUCGGCCGGCUAUUCCAUCAAUAUGUAGUGGACAUGUAUGUGAAGGUUGAACAUCGACGUUUGGAAUAUCUACGAAAUAACCAGGGAUCGCUACGAACAGAGCUGUAUUCAGGGCUUACAGAUGCAGCGGUAUCUGAUAGCACCAUCUCCACUGAGGAGAUUGGUAAGCAAAUUAUUUUACCCUCAUCACAUACUGGAUCACCAAGAUCAAUGCAGCAGUUAUAUCAGGAUUCAAUGGCAAUGGUUUCUUCAUUGGGUAAACCAAGCUAUUUCAUAACAUUUACCUGCAAUCCAAACUGGCCCGAAAUUGUCAAUGAAUUACGCAACGGUGGUUUGAGCCCAACUGACAGACCGGAUCUGUGUGCACGAGUUUUCGACAUGAAGCUCAAGGAGUUGAUUUCUGAUAUUAAGACAAAGCCAUACAUCUUUGGUAAUGUCAUUGGCUUUACUCAUGUCGUUGAAUUUCAGAAACGUGGCCUGCCACAUGCUCAUAUGGUGAUUAUUGUGGAUGAACCGAGCAGACCUACUCUUGAAACGUAUGAUAAGUAUGUCAGUGCCGAACUCCCAGAUCAAAGCAAGCACCCCAAAGCGUAUGCUACAGUCGUUAGAAACAUGAUGCAUACUCCAUGCGGAAAAAACAUCAAUAAGAAAAGGCCAUGCUUAGAUGAUAAUUUCAAGUGCACCAAGCAAUAUCCAAAGCAAUACGCCGAAGAGACUUUCAUCGAUUCUAAAGGAUUUGUUCAUUACAGACGACGAAGUCAACCAAGAAGCAUGCCUGUCAAAUUUGGGGAUUAUUAUGCAGAUAAUCGAUGGGUCGUACCUCAUAACUUAUACUUGGUGACAAAGUAUGAUGCUCAUAUCAACGUUGAAAUUUGCGCAGGAGUCCAGGCAAUCAAAUAUCUUCACAAAUAUAUCACAAAGGGUAGUGACAAAUCUCAAGUCAAAUUAAGUAGAGACCAAGCCCAAGAUGUCAAUAUCACAACCAACGGCAAUACUGCCACUUCUACUAUGACAGCAGCAUCCACCUCUACGGCCACAUCAUCUGCUCCUACAGUAGGGCAGCCUCAAGAAGAUAAUAGCGAUAGAGACGAGAUCUCAACUUGGGUCAAUGCCAGAUACAUUUCCGCCUCUGAAGCUUGCUGGCGCUUACUUGGAAAGAGUUUACACUCUACUUUUCCGUCAGUUACUCGACUGGCAGUUGAUCUUCCAAAUCAGCACAGGGUGUACUUUAACAACAACACUACUAUUGCCAAUGUAGUAAAUGCUGCCACAGCAAAGAAGACUACUCUGCAAGCAUUUUUUGAAUUGAACGCAUCAGGAGACGUCUUUGCGCAGAAUUUGCUUUAUAUUGAUGUCCCAAGACAUUAUUCAUUCGACAAAAAGCAGAAAAAAUGGGUAAAAAGAAGGCGAGGCAUCAACAGCCAGAACCGUGUUAAAGGGAUAGGCAGAAUGUAUUUCGUGCCUCCAAGUGCUGCUAAUAUGGAGAAAUACUGCAUGCGUCUACUUUUAUUGCAUGUUCGUGGCCCUCAAAGCUUUGAUAAUUUAAAAAACGUCAAUGGUGUUCAAUAUGUCACAUUUCGUGAAGCUGCUCAAUCCAUGGGACUCUUAGCAAACGAGGAUGAAUGGCAUUUUUGUCUGGAUGAAGGAUAUGCGAUGAUAAGAACUGGAUCCUCUCAGGUGCGAGAUCUUUUUGUAACCAUUCUGAUAUUUUGCACUAUCUCCACCUACAAACAACUAUGGGAUAAUCACAAGGUUCAACUGUCUGAAGAUUUUAUUCAUGAAAUUCAACAAUCUCAAGCUGUUCCACAAGAAUUGACUGAUGCUCAGCUGGAAUCUUGCUAUCAAAAGGCAUUGAUUGACAUUAGUAGAAAAUUAAUGACGCAUGGAAAAUCAGUCAAGAAUUAUCCAGAGCUGCCCCAAAUCGAUGAAUCUGUUUUCAAUCAGGAGGAUGAAGAGCUUCGAUCAUUAUUUGAUCAAGAGUUAGUUGGGUAUAAUCUGGAGACUUUGGCUACUGAAGUUCGAAUUUACGAGGAAAGGAUGAACGCUGAUCAGCUUCAAAUAUACAACACUGUGCUUAAUUCUGUAAACAAUCCUGGCCUUGGUAUCCCUACAUGUUUCUUCAUUGAUGGUCCCGGUGGUACUGGAAAAACGUAUCUGUAUCAUGCUCUUCUCACUAAGGUUAGAGCAGAAUCAGGAAUUGCUUUGGCAACUGCUUCUUCAGGUAUCGCAGCAACUCUUUUACCAGGUGGUCGUACUGCUCACAGUACUUUCAAGAUACCUCUCAAGACAGACCAAACAUCAACCUGCCACUUCUCAAAACAAUCAAACACUGCUAAACUUUUGAAGGAAGCAAAGCUGAUUAUUUGGGAUGAAGCACCAAUGACUCACAAGCACGCAUUUGAGGCUGUAGACAGAUCGCUUCGUGAUUUGAUGUCCUCAGUACAUCCUUCUUAUGCUGGAAAGCCUUUUGGUGGAAAAGUUGUUGUUCUUGGAGGGGAUUUUCGUCAAGUUCUCCCGGUAGUCAAGAAAGGUAGAAGGGCAGAUGCAGUUGCAGCCUCUUUGAAGGCAUCAUACUUGAUGUCUCAUACUAAAAGUCUCAGACUGACUCAAAAUAUGAGACUCACCAACGAUGAAGGCCCUUCCUCAUCUCAAUUCGGUUCUAACAAUUUCGCUCAAUACUUGCUCCGUAUUGGUGAAGGAUCUGACCAACAUCAAUUUGGUGAUACUCUGGCCAUUGACCCCCAUUUGGAUUGUAGUUACAUUGAAAGCUACAGAGAGAUUAUUGAAAUUGCUUUUGGUGAUGUAUCUAUGAUGUCUUCACCGACGUCCUUUAUAGACACAACUAUCCUGGCAGCAACGAAUGCGGUGGUGGAUCAGAUAAACGAUCUAGCUCUGGCAGCGUUUCCUGGAGAAUCUGUUGUAUAUCUAUCCAACGAUGAACAUAUCAUUGAUUCAGGGUCUCCGUCUAAUACACCUGUUGAGUAUCUGAAUAGGUUGAAACCUUCUGGAAUGCCUCCACAUGAACUAAAGCUGAAAGUCAACCAGCCUAUCAUGUGUCUUCGAAACAUCAAUCCAAGACAAGGCCUAUGCAAUGGAACCCGUCUUAUAGUCAGAAACUUGAUGAGAAAUACGAUUGAAGCCGAAAUUGCAUGCGGUAGCCACCAAGGGAACUUUGUAUAUAUUCCAAAAGUUUCGCUGCACAGUGACCAAGACACCGCAGAACUCGAGGGAAAGCUGUCAAGAACGCAAUUUCCAGUGCAAAGUGCCUUCGCUAUCACUAUAAACAAAGCUCAAGGGCAAACCCUCCGCAAUGUUGUCGUUUCUUUGCUGGACCCCGUUUUCUCCCAUGGACAGUUGUAUGUUGCUCUAUCAAGAGUAACAUCAUUGAAUCAUCUCAAAAUUGUUUUACAAAAGGCUGAAAACGAACAAUCAAGACAAACUAUAAACGUUGUCUAUCAAGAAAUUCUUUCUUAA